AUGCCUCCUUGGGUUGCGCGACAAUGGCACGCCUGGGGAUGCUUGCGAUCUGUCUCCGGUGAUCUCUGCCACAGCCAGCGCUUUCGAGGGCCCAUUACGUUGCGCUCCUAUGCGCAAAGCUCCUCUCAGAGUGGCGCAAAGAUACAGCUUCGGACCGCCAACAGCGCCGUGAUCAUUCCAUCGUCAGUUGGAAACACGCUCCCAGAGGAUCUCAUUACCCACAUCAAGCCUGUCCUACGGAAACGCGUUACCGAAGACCGAUUUGCAGUCUUCUUCGUGACGCCUGCAUUUGCGACAUGGCUCCUAGACGACACAGUCUUCCUCCAAAAAGCCCUGCGACAGGCUUACAAGCACAUACUGGAUCGCAACGAGUCUCCAUACGCUGUUCAGAUACACGCACUUUGCGCCGUCGUAGACAAACUGCCUAUAUCGAGGCCAAUCGGUAGCAUCGAUCAUAUCGAGGAGGAAGGCUUGCAGCGUAUUGAAGACCCUGCCAUCCAGGAGACAGGUCAUGAAGGAAUUGCAUAUGCUACCUUGCGAUCUUCUGACUCAAUACCAACCCCAUCCGAUGCUGCCCAAGACAAAGCAUCCAUCAGCUUCGUGGGCUUCGAAAGGUCGAAUGAAGAAGGUGAACAUUUUAGCGAUUCUGUUCGGCUACCGGUAGCGAACACUGUGUUCCAGACUGGCUCGCCGACCACGAUGACAUACUCGACUUGGGAGAAAGCCAAAGGAUCACAGGUGUUGACUUUGAAAGAGAAAAGGAACAUAUCCCAUCAUGGAAUCCGAAUGCAACUGGACAGCGACACCCAACCCACCGCAUUGAGCGUGCCUCUUGUUCCUUUGUCCAAGCCACGCGAGGUUGUGGCCAGUAUGGGCAACAUUCUUCGAAGAGUCAAAGGUCCAGACGGCGCAACCAUCACCGCCUCUCAGGAGCUUGAGCAGCUUCUACCGAGUUACUUCGGGGCGCGUGGCGAGCCAUCACAGGCGACAACCGUUUGGGCUCUCGUGAUGGAUCACGAUCACGUGAUGGAAGCUCAAAAUGGGACAGAUCUCCUUCUAGAGCGGGCAUCAUCCGACGGCCAUCAAAACAAAACCGAAGACAAGUCAUGGGAGAACAUGUGGAAACAAGACCCCCCACCCUGGAGCCCUCUCGUGUCAACCGCCCUAAGAUCUGGUGCUCGCUUGCAUCGUGUCCUAAGUGGCGGAGGCGGUUGGGGAAAGAAAGCUGGCCUGCUCUCCUUGGAUCCUAUCCCCACAGUGGAAACGGACACCGCAGAUGAACUAAGCACCUUCGACGCAAUUGACGGACCUGGAGAUCUUGGUUCGGCUCUCCAGCAAGUCGCUCAAGAAGGAGACUACGUCCAAUUCUUCAUGUCUCCAUCAGUUCCCGAGGAAGAUGUUGUUACUGCCGGUAGCAGCCCAGACAAGGCAGUAUGGGGUCUCGAGCUUGGCACUAUACCGAGCACAACUGAUUCCAUGCCAGCUGCUCCAGGACAGGCUGAGACAGCAGGCACAAACGAAAUCUCUGUUUUCAGAUACACUUUCGGCGCAUUGGCGGAAGGUGGCAUGAUUCUCAGUCGCAGCUCCAAGCUAAAGCCGGGAGACUCAUUUUCCACGGUUGGAAGGACAACAGUUGAUGUACCUUUUUCGCGCUUUUCCGCUGUGAAAUGGAGGACUGAAAGCAGCCUAGGUGAGGAUGAGGAUGUGGAUUCAUUUCGUAGUCUUCUUGAGUCUAAAACCUUUUCUUAUCGCCGUGACUUGGUCAAGUCCCUCUAUGGGGAGGCUGCGCCGGCAUUCCUGGGCCUGGGUCUCGGCCUAGACAGUUCCAAGAAGGAAGUAAUACAGAAACCAGGCAACUCCAUCUCACACAUUUCGCGAGAAGACGAGGAUUUGGGCUUUUUUACGGAGCUGCUGACCGCCCCGCAAGUACCUUCAAUACAGCCAAUGGCCCAGGUAGCGCGAAUAGCUACACCACCCAAGUCACAACAAUCCGCUGCGAUUGCUUCUGCGGAACGAAACACCCUCAUCGACAACGACCAUUACGAGUCGGCUCUUGAACUUGAACAGAUAACGAAAGCUCUAGUACCUGAACAGCCGCCGAUCCGCUUCUACAAUAUAAACACUCCACGAGGAGACAAGCUCAUUUACUACAUCAGCGGUCUUCACCGCGUAAGGAGAGAAGUCGCACGCUACACUAAAAAAUAUCGAGAGCUCAUGUACCAGAUCCGUCGGCAGAACGGUCUCCGUAGGGAUUUCACUCCGCGCGAACUCAAGCCCAAAAGGAAGUCACUUUUCUCCACCUCUAAUACCCCAGUGCGCAUGAUACUAUCCGAUGCUUACGAGAACGAAGCCAUGAGAGCUAUAAGACUAAAGGAGGAUAUGCCCGUUCUGAUCCGGAAAGUCGAUACGGGUGCUCCAAGGGGACUUAUACCUUGGCUUGAGAGCGCGUCAGAAGAGAGCGCGCACUGGGUUCGCACGUACCAAGGAGACUUCGACAAAGCCAUGGCCAGGAUUAGAAUGGACGGUAUUUACAGAUUUGGGCUCAGCAGCACCAUCCUUGCGCCCAUCAACUUGUCCCAAGGCGGCCACAGCAGCAACAGCACUGGAGCUCUUCGUCUUACCAACGUCCGUCUCACGCCCAGACGCCUCCUCACUGGUCUGUCCAAUGCCGUCCAUCAAACACAGCUCAACAUCGACGACUUGCAGGAGCGGAUUCACCUAGCGCUACAAACUUUCGUCGUUGAGCGCCGUGCGAACUCAAUCUCCGACACCGUUGCCACCUUCAGAAAGAUCAUCAGCGACGCGCUCACCAUAAUCAGCUUCAGGGCCCAUAUGGCUCUUGAUACAAAUAACUCUGCCGUAGACGUGUACACGCUCCACAUCCAUCUCCGCCGGGCCUUGACCACCAUGACAAUGUCGCGCCGGGGCCGGGGCUCCGUUGCCCUCCUCCGGAACAAGCUUAUACAGCUCCGGGCCUUUCGCGAAAAUCUGUUCACCGGCCGGAAGAAUCGGUUGAUCCGCGAUAUUCAUGGAAGGUUGCAAGUCAUGGAGACGCGACAUCAUUUGAGCAAGAAAAAUAUGAUUAGGGAGAGGAACCUCAUGCCCGCGGACAAGAGGAAGGUAGACCCGUGGAUGAAGAGGAAGGUUUAUCCGCUGAAGAUAACGAAGGUUAAUGCGUCGAUUUCGAAGGAAGGUUCGGGUAGACUGGCGGUGAUGCGAAAGAUGCGCCCUACGAGGGUGAGGAAGAUCAAUAGGGAGUAUAGUGCUGUCAGGAAUCUAGAGGAGUUGGUCAGGGGUUGGGUGGGGUGA